UAUAAAGAUGAGGUCUGCGGUCUUUGUGCACGCUCCCACUCUAGUGUUCGCUCUAUAGGUCCUGGGAGGUCGUUCGUCACAAAAAUAGAUUCUGUAAUGCCCACAAUGCGAUUCUAUCGUUUCGCGAUCGCUGCGUUAGUAGCUUUUUCGGAAGCUACUUCUCCAGCUCUUCUCCAUCAAAACACAGCUCGACAAAAUGUCACGACAUCAAGCCAACGACUGGGUCUUCAAUGGCUCGGAGGGAAUAGUACUCUACCAAAAGUCUUAGUCCUUUUUACUGGAGGCACCAUCUCCGGAGGAUCGAUCUACGGAGCCCUGGACGACACUCAAUACGGCCAGCUUAGCAUCAAUGGAGAGCAAAUCAUUGCGCGAAACCCAUAUCUUCUGAAUCACACGCAACUUGCAGUAUCAAAUUGGACAUCGGAAGAUUUCUCUACUGGCACCAAUGACGCUCUCGUAAUGAACAUGACCCGCUUUGCGCACGAUGCUUUGUGUUCGGAGGACAGUGACAUCGACGGGGCAAUUUUCACGCACGGCACGAAUUCGCUCGAGGAAACAGCUUUCCUCAUGGAUCUCCUUGUCAACUGCGGCAAGCCAAUCGUAGGGAUUGGAUCGAUGCGGCCGUGGACCCAUCUCAGCUUCGACGGCGAUGCCAAUUUUUUCGAUGCAGUCAUGCUCGCUGCGAGUCCUGAAUCCCGGAAUCGCGGUGUUCUUGUUGCUUUCAACGCGCGGAUUCUUUCCGGCUUCUGGGUCACGAAACUGCACUCGACGAAUCCGGACGCUUUUUGGAGCACUGCGGGAGGUGAUUUGGGGAUCUUUAUUAACAGCUUGCCCGUAUUCUUCAAUUCUCCGUCACAGCCACUUCAUAAACACGUAUUUUCUAUCGAUCAAGUGUCGACUCACUCGACUUAUCCCUCUCUUCCAAAAGUCGACAUUCUCUACGCGGCACGGGGGUUUGAUGGGAAACUAGUUCUUGAUGCCCAUGCUAAUGGCGCUGAUGGCGUGGUUAUUGCCGGGACUGGAAAUGGUGGGAUUCCAAGCGGGAGCGACGAGAUCAAGGAAGCGCUUGACCAGGGUUUGCAGGUCGUGGUAGGGACGAGAAGCCCGUAUGGCCCGAGUUCGCCCGCAAGGACACCUUCAUAUGCAAAGAGUGGUUUCUUGCAUGUUAUACAGGCGCGCAUACAGCUACAGCUGGCGAUUGCUAGCGGAAUGGGUAUGAAUCAGACAAUUGAUCUGUUUGAGGGCAAGUUUAGAACAGCUAUCGGGCAGGAGUGGACGCCGAAGCAGUAA